AUGGUCAAAACUGCCAGCCGCAAUAGCAGCAAAGGUAGCACUGCCACGGGCAGUUCCGUCGCCAGCUCAAGCCAUACGGAGCCGAGGGCUCCCAGCACCCCACGGGUGCGACGCUACGAGACGCGGAGUUUCUGGGAUGAGUGGUACAAGAAGCAAGGAGAUGCCGGGAACGUUGAAUGGUCGGGUCCAGUGAAUGACCUUGUCUUCAACGCCAUCACUGCUGUCCUUGAACGGCUUCCACAGUCCAAGGAACCCCUGAGGGUUUGUGAAUUGGGCUGCGGCUGUUCGCACCUGGCAGCCAUGCUUCGGGACUUUGGGGUGCAUGUUGUUGGGGUCGACUUCUCAGAGGAAGUGAUCAAUGCCAACAAAUCUCGCUACCCUGACAUCGACUGGCUAUGUUUGGAUGCCCUUCAGCUGGCCAGUUACUUUGAAGCAAACUAUUUCGAUGCCAUCGUGGGAAAGACGUUGAUUGAUUGCUUCAUGACAAGGACCGAUGCUGCGGGCUCCAUUCGACAGUUGAUGCAGCAGUGCCAUGCAGUGUUGAAAGAUCACGGCUGUGUGAUGCUCCUGGACAAGGCCUGUGCGGAGAGUAUCAUUGGACGUGGCAAAACCCGACAGAUCACGGUUGACAUGCACAAGACCUUGACCUUCAGAGUACUUCACGUCCAGCCAAGGUGGGCUGCUGCUUCAAGCGAGCGCAUUCCUUGCCAAAGGCAAUGGGAGCUCGAGAUUGAGCCCACACUGCAGAAGCAUUUCGUCGUACGCCCUGCGGCGGCCGGAAGUGGCUCGUUGCAGGUUUGGUCUUCCGAUAACGUGGCCAAUGUUGCGGGCAUUGAGACUGGCGAUCUCGUUGUAGGCUACCGCAAAAGCGGUUUUAAGGAUAUCAGAGUGGGCAGUGCCAUGGAAACCGCCAGAGCCAUCCGGUCGUCCAACAAAAAGCUGACUCUGCUGUUGGAGCGGCCGGCCGCCGGUGCGGCGCGCCGCAAGACGGCUUCGUUGAAGACGAGGCUGAUGUCGCGGCAAUCCACGUCUCAGUCAAGCCACCUCCGUCGACUCCAACAAGCACGGAUGCUCCGCGCGGGGGAGACGAACUCAGACCUGUCAUUGCCACAGUUGAAAGUGAAGCCGGACUCCUUUAUUUCGGACUAUACUUGUUUGACCCUCAGGAUGAACAGAUUUCCCUUUUGGGCAGAUGGGAGAGAUGCUGCUGGCCAUGCUUAG